GGAGAUGUGGGGUCAACAGUGACUGAUGAGUUGAGAGCCUACACCACAUAUGAGGUGACCGUGGAGGCAGUCAGUGAUAUUCGAGGUACCAGUCGACCCAGUGAGACCAGGAGAGUUCUAACACCACAGACAAGUGCAAGAGAGGCUCCUGGGGAUGUGAUAGCAGAGGCUGAGAGCUACACUGAGAUCUCUGUCCAGUGCAGUGGCCUCUCCAACUGUAGACUGGUCAAUGGUCAAAUCACUCAGUACAGAGUUCAAUAUGAGACUUAUUCCACGACUGAGACUAGAGACUAUACUCUG